AUGACAAAUAAAAAUAAAAUUGUUAAAAAGGCAUUUGUUAAUCCUGAAGAUGUUGCAACAAGAAAAAUAAAAAAUUUGGCACCAACAACAUCAGAUCCUGAUGUUGAACGUAUUCGUCGUAAUCAUUUAAAUGAUAUUGAAAAUAUAAUACCAUUUGUACUUAUUGGAUUUUGUUAUAUUGUUUGUAAUCCUGAUCCUCAUAUGGCAUUGUGGCAUUUUCGUCUCUUCUUUUUUUCACGCGUUUUUCAUACAAUUUCAUAUCAGAUUCCAUUACCCCAACCAAGUCGAGCUGUAGCUUUUUUUAUUGGUCUUAUUGUAACUGUCUCAAUGGCUAUACAAGUUCUUAUUCGUGUUUAUUAA